AUGAAGGCAUCGCAGACAUCAGAUGAUACCGAGGAGGAGAAUCCACCUGAUGAUGAGCAUGAGCACAAGCGGCCAACAGCGCCGGAAGGUGUCACCACGCAGCCCCACAGGGCAGGGCUCUCGUUGAGCUGGGCAGAGUACUUUCUGGUGCCUCCGUUCCAGUUUGGUGCAAUGUGCGGAAACGUUAAGGAGCCCUUCUGUGUGUUACCUUCGCGUGCACCCGCAACACGACAUGGGCAUUCUGCAGCAGCCUGGGUGGCGCCCUUGCCGGCCGUGGCCUUGGAAGGACCAGCAGACCUACCAAAGUCUCAAGCCAUUGCAAUCUUGCCGCUCAAGAGACCCAGAAGGUCGCAAACUUCCGCAGGCGCUUCCUCUCCGAUGGAGGUUGAGCCGAUACCACAGGCGACACAGGCUUCAGGCAUAUCUCGGCCAAAGCAGGUGGAGAAUCCGGCCAGUCAGCGGACAUUGAAGUUUUACCCGCAGCCUGGUGAUGAUCGCUCGGCAAGCUCUGUGGACGUCAUCGAGCACGGCUUUGAGGUGCUCAUCGUGAGACGUGCUCCUUCACCAACCCCGAGGUGCCCGUCCGAUGUCCUGCGACCUGUCAUCGAAGAUUCAGGAGAUGUGCCAACUGCAACCAGUGCGCCUCGGUGCUCCAGCAGAGGGCUGGAAGCCGGAGAGACUGGGAAGGCGACUGCAGUCAAGGGCACUUCCAGGGAGGUCCGCCCUGACAGGGAGCCCUUUGACCCUUACAUUUGA